AUGCAUUGCCUGAAGACACCCUCAAUAGUCGCCGUUACAGCUCAUGAAAAGUUCAAGGUGGGUGUCGCAGAACGUACCACGGCUUUGUUCUAUACGCUGCGACUUGAUUUCUCAGUGGAGUGUACUUUAGUGCCAGCAGCACUGAUGGGCUCGGCCCGACCACAACUUGAACUGCUGAAACUCACUUCGAAGCGUGUAUGCCAUGGAUGCUCCCAAAAUUCCAAGUUCCGAGCAGGGUAA